GAGAUAGGGGCCUGUGGAAACAUGAAGAGGGUAAAUAGCUGUGUGAAGAGUGAUGAGCAUGUCCUGGAAGAAUUGGAAACAGAAGGGGAGAGGCAGCUGAAAAGCCUCCUUCAGCAUCAACUUGAUACCUCUGUCUCUAUUCAGGAAUGUGUGUCUAAGAAAGAGAGCUUUGCUCCUGGUACUAUGUACAAGCCCUUUGGGAAAGAAGCAGCUGGGACUAUGACUUUGUCCCAGUUCCAGACUCUGCAUGAGAAGGACCAGGAAACUGCUUCUCUCAGGGAACUAGGGCUCAGUGAAACAGAAAUCUUAAUCUGGAAAAGCCAUGUUUCAGGUGAAAAGAGGACGAGACUAAGGGCAACCCCUGAAGCAAUACAGAACCGUCUUCAAGAUAUUGAAAAAAGGAUCACAGAGCGUCAGCGUAUCCUUUGCCUGCCACAGAGAUUUGCAAAGAGCAAACAGCUAACCCGGCGAGAAAUGGAAAUAGAAAAGUCUUUAUUUCAGGGAGCUGAUCGUCACUCCUUCCUUAAGGCUCUUUAUUACGAAGCAUACCACAAAAAGACAAGUGCAGACAAGUACAUGACCUCAAUGAAGAGGAAGAUAAAAUUAGGCACAAAAGAUGAUCCCCAAAAGAAGAACAAAGGUGAUCCCAUGAACAACCUGGAAAAUUUUUACCAAGAGAUGAUAAUGAAAAAACGUCUUGAAGAGUUCCAACUUAUGAGAGGUGAACCCUUUGCUUCCCACUCACUGGUGUCAGCUACAUCAGUGGGAGAUAGUGGCACAGCUGAGAACCCGUCAUUACUCCAGGACAAGGGAAAACAGGCAGCACAGGGUAAAGGUCCCAGUCUCCAUGUGGCAAAAGUUAUUGAUUUUUCACCUCAGCAGUGUUGGACUGGGCCUAAGAAGCUGACGCAGCCAAUAGAAUUUAUCCCAGAAGAUGAGAUCCAGAGAAAUCGUUUGUCAGAGGAAGAAAUCCGAAAAAUUCCUAUGUUUUCUUCAUAUAAUCCAGGGGAGCCAAACAAGGUGUUGUAUCUGAAGAACCUUAGCCCUCGGGUGACUGAAAGGGAUCUUAUCUCAUUGUUCGCCCGGUUCCAGGAGAGAAAAGGACCUCCGAUUCAAUUUCGAAUGAUGACUGGACGCAUGAGGGGCCAGGCUUUCAUCACCUUCCCCAAUAAGGAGAUAGCAUGGCAAGCAUUACAUCUAGUAAAUGGAUAUAAACUACGUGGAAAAAUAUUGGUGAUAGAAUUUGGAAAGAACAAAACACAACUGUCAGAUCUCCAGGCUGAUUCUCUCAUAUCAUGUGCUACAGAUAACACUGCAGAAAUCAGUGGCAGCUAGAAGAUAAAGAGAUUGUGGGUCCUGGGUGGUCUUUCUUGUAACAGAAACUUGGAUCUAGGAUUUGUGUAUACAUAGCAGUUUAUUUGGAGUUAAAGAGGAGAACUAACUGAGAGGGGAAAAAAGUCAUUAAGACAGUUCCUUUCAAUAUAUGGAAAGAGUUGGUAAAAAAACGUUUUCUAUAAUCAGAAAUUAUAUAGGACAGAUGAUAUGCUGAGAAUGAAGGAUAGGGUACAAAAAGUAUCCUUUUCUCAGGAUAAAUUAGGAAGUAUUAUUUCUAAGACUUUUUGUUUAAUCUUUAUACUUUUUCUGGGGUCUUCAAUGUCCCUAGAGAUUACAUUCUUUACAAGACUGCCUCCUAUUUACAAAACAAAAAAAAACUAGUUUAAUUUUGAAAUAUUUAUUUACUAGAACCCAUCUGUCCUUAAUUUCAUCCACCUAGUAAACAAAAGACCAAGAACCCAGCCCUAAAGAUCAACAAAUUCUGUUAAGUCAGAACGAUCAGCAGUAGCAGUAGGUAGUUUCAUAAGUCAGUUGACAUAUUUAAUGAAUACUUCCCCACUAAGUGAUCAUUGUCUUCAAAAAGCUAUAUAUUUUUCUAAAGGAAUCUUUUAGAUCAAAAUAUUGGUGUUCUUAUGGCCGUUUAAGCUGGCUACCAUUGAGUAAUCAUUCAAUUCAAAGCAAUAAACAUUGACUAAUUCUCUAAUUAUGUUAGCUAUUAGGUAUAUGAAUUUUGAAAGAGGAACGUACUAGUGAAGAAUACUAAAGGGGAGUGAGAAGAAAUAAUUCUCUAGAAGAGAGAUAGCCUGUCCCAAAUCCCCCAGUUGGUUGUUAAUGGCUGCUGGAGAAUAGAAAUACAGUAUACAGGAAUAUAGUAUACAGGAAGUAGUACAAUAUAAUAUACAGGAAGUAGUACAAACUUUGGAGUCAGACAUUUGUUUAAACCUCACAGCCACACUUACCACUCUGUGACAUUGGCAAGUCACCUAAUCUGAGCCUCAGUUUUCUCAUCUAUUAAAUGAGGAUAAUACUACUACUUACCUCAUUGGGUUGUGAGGAUUAAAUGAGAUGGUAUUAUUCAGGCUGAAGAAGUGAAAGAAAAAAGAAUGAAGAAAAAUAAACAGUCUAGAAACCUGUGGGACACCAUUAAGCACACCAACAUAUGUGUAAUGGAAGUGCCAGGAAGAGAGGAGAGAAAAAAAAAGGAGCAGAAAAAAUAUUCGAAUACACAAUGGCUGAUAACUUCCCAAAUUUUAUGAAAAACAAUCUACAUAUCCAAGAAGCUCAGUGAACCCCAAAUAGGAUAAACACAAAGAAAUCCAUUACAGAUGCAUCCUAACAAAAAUGCUGAAAGGCAAAGACAAAAGAGAAAAUCUUGAGAGCAACACGAGAAAAACAAGGGAAUCCCAAUGAGAUUAAGAGCUGACUUCUCAUCAGAAACAAUGAAGGCAGCAGUGAAAUAACAUUUUCAAAGUGCUCAAAGGAAAAAAAAAAAAAGGU